GCAAAAAUAAAGAAAAAAAGAAAUUUUCUUUUCUUUUUUAUAAUUUUCCCUCGUUUUCUCACUUCCCAAACACCCCUCCGAGUCUCCCGAAUUAUAUAUCUGCUUCUUCUUCUCAAUAGUCUUCGUUUCUUUCCUGAUUUUUCUCCCAAUCCGAUCCGAUCCCGACACGAACAAUUCGACCUCGCUGAUGACAAGAACCUAAAAAAAGCAACCCAAAAAAGAAAAGAAAAAAAAAAAGAAAAAAAAGAAGAAGAUAGAGAGAGAGCUUGAGCUGUUGUUGCAAUGGGUGAAGAGGUGAGGAUGAGCGAGUACGAAGGCGGUGGCAGUGGCGGCGACGACGAGACGCGAGUUUUCGAGUGGGAGGCGGGGCUGCCGAGCGCCGACGAUCUCACGCCGUUAUCUCAGCCGUUGAUCCCAAUCGAGCUCGCUUCGGCCUUCAGCAUCUCGCCGGAGCCGUGCCGUACAGCCGUCGACGUCAACCGCGCGUCGCAGAAGACGGUAUCGACGCUCCGCGGCGCCGCUCACUCUCAGGGCUUCUCUUCGAACUACAAGUCGUUUGACGAGAACCGCAGCGACGACGUCGAGCCGAUGGUCGUCGAGGUCGACGAGAACGACCGGUACGGCAACGCCGGAUCCGAUUCGAGAAAUUCGCGGAAGAUUGAUUGUACGGAGGAGGCCGAUUCGGCGCUGAGGACCGAGAAUUUCUCGGCCGACGACACGUCGGCGCGGACGCUGAAGCGGCCGAGGCUCGUGUGGACCCCGCAGCUGCACAAGCGGUUCGUGGACGUGGUGGCCCACCUGGGGAUCAAGAACGCGGUGCCCAAAACGAUUAUGCAGCUGAUGAACGUUGAAGGCUUGACCCGAGAAAAUGUGGCGAGCCACUUGCAGAAGUAUCGGCUCUACUUGAAGAGGAUGCAGGGGUUAUCGGGCGACGUCGGGCCGUCGUCUUCGGACCAGCUUUUCGCGUCGACGCCGGUGCCGCAGAGCUUGCAGCAAGAGUCGGGUGGCGGGUCGGGUCAGGCGGGUCAGAGCCACGGGCAUGGAAAUGGGCAGUUUUCGUUUUCUAUGCCUUACCCGCCUACCAUGAUGUCCAUGCCGGUUCUCGGGUUGACCCACGGGCACGGGCACAUGGGCAUGCCGGGUGGUGGGUACCAUGGGUUCGAGUCGCACCAUUACAACAUGGGUUCGAUGGUUUCGUAUCCACAUGGUGCUCCAAAUGACAAAUGAGAAAUCUUUACACAUUAAAUUGAGAUUCAGAAGUUUCAGCAAGUUGGUUGAAGCUAACUCUUGGAACUCAACCUGUAAGCUUGCUUGAUUGGUAAUGUUGAACCUGACAGGCAUGGGAAGGGUUCUUAGGAAUUAUGUGGAGACACUUUAGAGGUACCGUAUAUGGGUUUUGAAUGAAUCAGCCAAUGUAACAAAAUCUCCCUCAUUAAAUGCAUGUAUUCCCAGUUACCUAACAGCAGGAGGUUCGUUCCUAGUCUACAUAGUUGACACUGAGGCAUCGAGUACAUUCUUAACCUGUUUCUAGUUAUUAUAUUCUUUUUGUAUCAAUAAGGUAUUAAGCCUUUUGUAACCGAGAAAAUAAGGUAUUGAGCCUUUUCUUUCCAGAAUCAAUGGAAAAAAGUCGAUCUAAAUAUAGAAAUGUCAGUUAGCUGUCCUUCAUUGCGAUAUUGAAUGCUUUUAUCACCUUGUCACCUCCUAUGUCAUGUAUGGAGAUUCCUAUAUGUUUAUGCAAAUAUGAAUGUGGAUUUGUUACAACAAUAAUUUUGCAAUUGCUUCCAUCAACCUUUUAAGAGUGUUCUCCUUUGUCUGCUGCUCUUCAGAAUAAUGAAACUGUAAUAAUUUCUUGUACAGAUUUUGGUGAGAACAAGUCCCUUAUGUUCUCAUUAUUAUUUGUAAGGUUCCUUUCUGAUCUACAAGAGUUAUUUGUGCAUUGUUUAGUAAUGCUAGAGAAAAUUUAUGGCCAUUUUUUGUAACUCGGUGGAUGUUGAGGCGAUUAAAAUUUCAAAUUCAUCUGUAUUCUGUCAUCUUUAACUAUAAGAUUCAUCUGUAUGGUUUAGCAUCUGCAUUCUGUCAUCUUUAACUAUAUGAUUCAUCUCAUCUGUUGCUAGUACAUAGUAUGAGGGGAAGUUUUAAGACGCCUAAAAGCCUAAAGAAGAGCAAUGAGGCCCCAUAUGUAUACAAGUUAAGGAAAUUCGUCUAACCUUUCCAAAAUUUAAGGGGCCUUGUUCGUAUACGUCAUUAGCAGUUACCACAGUUUUGUCAAGACAAGUUAUUGCAGGAGUAGAGGAUGA